AUGAAGAAGAAGCGCGAGGAUGAUUAUUUUGAGUAUCUUCACUCUUUCCCUCCAACAAAAUCCAGAAGACUGGACUCCGAGGUGACGAUGGAGAUGAUGGAGGAAGAUAUUCAUACAGAUGUAAAUGUAGUUCCGCCGCUGAUGCAACCGAACCAAGAGAGGUCGCUGGUGCUAUAUCAACCCUCCAAUUCAAGUAAUACCCCUCUUCUCAAGUCCCCUACUUCCCCUCCCUUCACGAUAGUUGUCAACACAAACUUGAUUCCUGGUUUGAAGGAUUAUCUGUUGUCACGAGGUACUACAAAGCUAGAGGAACUCGGGGAAGAUGAAAUGAGAAGAGAAAGGACACCCGAACUUUCAAAAGACUGUUUAGCUGUUAUUCCAUGGGUUCCUAAUCCUAUAACAUGCGAAGAAGUAGUUCCAGAAACAAGUCAAACAUUAGAGUCAGAAGAUAGUGAAAUGAUGGAAAUGGAUGAACCAUAUGCCAAUAACAACAAUGAGAAGGUGGAGACAUGUGGAGUAUCAUCGCCAUGGCAGCAACAACAACAAUGUAUUAUGCCUAAUUUAUUGAAACCUCAGUUUGGUACGUAUUUCUGGUAG